GGCUCCUUAACCCCAGAGCAAGCGAAGCGCUUCCAAGACGACGGCUUCCUCGUCCUCCCCGAUUACGCCUCCGCGACCCAAGUCCGCGCGAUGCUCGCGCGCGCGGACCAACUCCUCGACGCGUUCGACCCGGCCACGGUCCCUCGCAGCGUGUUCAGCACCGUGGACCAGAAGCGCACGUCGGACGCGUACUUUUUGGACAGCGGGAACCACGUCUCGUUCUUCUUCGAGGAGGACGCGUUCGACGAGACGACGAGCGAGCUCAGGCGCCCCAAGGCGCUGUCCGUGAACAAGCUCGGGCACGCGCUGCACGACCUCGACCCGACGUUCCGCGCCUUCUCGCGGUCGAAAAAGAUCGCGAGGACGCUGCGCACGUUGGGGAUGCGCGACCCGACGCCGGUGCAGAGCAUGUACAUCUUCAAGCAGCCCGGCAUCGGCGGCGAGGUCACGCCGCAUCAGGCGCGUUCUAUACACUGGUUCCCAUACGACCGCGACUCGACGUUUCUUCACACGACGCCGAGGACGUGCGCGGGGGUCUGGGUCGCGCUCGAGGACUGCACGAAAGCCAACGGGUGUCUGUGGGCGCUGCGGGCGUCGCAUAAAGAAGGCGUGCAUCGACGGAUGGUGCUCGCGCCGGAGGCGGAGCGCCCGGACGCGGGCACGCCGGGCUGGCGCGGGAACGUGACGUUCGAGGGCGAGUAUCCGACGUUUGAUCUGGCCGCGUUUGAGCCGCUGGAGACGAAAGCGGGGACGAUGGUGCUGCUGCACGGCGAGAACGUGCACUACAGCGCGCCGAAUAAGAGCGACGCGAGCCGGCACGCGUACAGCGUGCACUUCGUGGAAGCGGACGCGACGUGGGACGAGAGGAACUGGUUGCAGAGGCGC